GGGAAUCGCUGUGCUGAGAACAGAUCACGUCUAUAACCAAUUCAUGCGCUUUUUACACCUUCCGGCUAAAUUCAGAUGCAACCUCCCCUGUCUUCUUCCACCAUUCCUAUUGCAAUUGGGUAUAUGGCUACGGGAAGUUCACACGAAUUUUCUACGCCCGAUCCUGUGAUUCACAUUUCGAAUAUGACGUUCCAUUCCGAGUUCGACGGUCGGAAGAACUAGAAUGUAGCGUACUGUAGUAGUAUUCGUAUUUAAUUGCAUUGCGCAAAACCUGGUGUGGACUUAGUACGUAGCGCAUAUGACGUUCAACUUCAACCUCCAUCCCACUCGAAGGCGGAAGCCGUUCGUGAGGCCGACUUCAUUCUACCGCGAUGUCAGCGAAUGGUUCCCUUUUCUUGAUUCGACGCAUUUGUCCAGAGCGGUGUUACACCUGUCCGCGGGAAACUUUGGCCACAUACUAAAUUAAAAGAAGGUGAACAUCAGUCCACAGCAGCGUUCCCCAACCUUUCUUGGCCGGCAAAUUACAAUGAAAUUUGUGUAGACCGGUGAAUUCCAGAAUACUUUUCUCUAGACCUGCGCAGUUUUAAAAAUGUUUGCAGAAUUUCAAGUUCUGCUUGAAAGGCACGUGGAAGUUUUCUGCUUCAAUCAGACAUUUUAGGUAGAAACAAGACAGAACGUUCUUCAACUUAUGGUGCAGGAAAUGUUCCGCAACCUGCAAAACCAGUUCCGCGAACCGGCGCACACUGGUCUAGAGCCUUCUCGUGAUACCGAAAGCCCCUCGACGACAACAACCGCGUACCAUCGAGAUACAUUACACCGCGUCUCCACAGCUGCUGGCAAACAGCGAAUAGUCGAGUGCAUUAAGCUGAAUCUUUUGGUGCUACGUCCUUUGAACUCACGUGACGCCAAGAAGAUUCAGCGAAGCAAACACGACGCUCUCGGGGCCAACUCCCAGCUACGACAACCGAAUGAGCAACACCGAUCGCUAUGGCCUUGCUGA